AUGUCGUCGCAUUCCUCUAUUAGUGAGGCAGGGAAGCCUCGCCUUCAUACUGUUCGAUCGUUUCCCAGAAUGGACAACCCCGAAGUGAGCUCGUUCGCUCGCAACCGAGCGAAGACAGUGCAAUCAGUGGCCAUACCAGAGGCGGUUGAGUCGACUGUGCUUCCUAUCCCUCUAUCACCGGAGAGUGAGCCUGGAGCCGGUCCAGAUUUGUUUGAAAAGAGAGGCUCAUCGGACUCAAGCGUUAGAGAUGAUGGACACCUGGGUGAAGAAGUUUCUGUGUUAUCACUGGGUAUUCAUGAGCAGCCAGAAGAACUUCCAAUUGAGCUCAUCAGCCUAACUGAUCGGUUCGUGAACUCAUUGACCGUCAAGGUACACUCCUCUCCACCUACAAUCGAAAAGAUAUCGCACCUCUUCCAAGACUUCUAUGUGCGCGCGGAAUCACACAUUGCUACCCACAUCUCGGCUCUUGCGUCCAGAAUAAACCGCGAUCCUUCUCCUAACCCUCCACCACCCAAAGGCACCAGGGGUUUUGGCCAGCCGCGACCGAAUAAUAAAGACUCAACCACUGUCAUAUCUGGUCGCCAGAUGCUAACCGCGUCAGAAGUCACUGAACGAAGGAAAGCCCGGAAAUCUCUCGCGUCCAAGGGCCCUGCAUUGGAAGAGGCCAUCGAGCGAAGAGCUUGUGAAAGCAUCUACGAUAAAAUCUGGAGACACAAAAGCACCUUGGAUGAAGUCAGAGAUGAAAAACUGCGCUCGAAGACAGCGGCAUUGCUCUUGAUUGGAAUCAACUUGAAAGACCUCGGAAUUGAUAUUGACUUGGACACGGUCAGUGAAGAGAGACAGAAAGAAGCCGAUCACUUUCUCUCUGUUGCCCGAGACUGUCUGGCCAAAAUGAACGAUGUGCAAUACCCUUUAGGAAAACUACAGUACCUUGCUGCUGCGCAUAAGGCGAUUGUCGACGCUUUGACCAAGCUGCUUCCUUCGUCCUCGUCAGCUGAUGAAAUUCUACCUACCCUCAUCUAUACACUUGUCACUUGCCCACCUGAAGGCAUCAACAUCAUCAGCAAUCUUCUCUUCAUCCAACGUUUCCGAUCUUCAAGUAAGAUCGACGGCGAAACUGCUUACUGUUUAACAAAUCUUGAAGCAGCCAUUAGCUUCUUGGAGAACGUAGAGCUAUCAGAACUUCGAACUGACGAGACGCCGGAAGGGCAGCUCAAGACAAGCACCAACAACACAACACCUGCGUCCGACACCAUUGAUACCGUUGGCUUGACCAACAAAGGCCCACUGACCUCAGUCACCAAAGUGGAUAUUUCGUCUGUGAUCUCUAAGCCAGACACUAAGGAAGCCGAUUUUGAAAGACUGUCCAAGCCUCAGCAACCCCCGGUCCCCCAGCAGGGACGCUUGAAUAAUUUGUUUCAGCCCCCUGCAAAGGUUCUUGGUGCUGCCAACGACGCUGUCCGCAACACCGCUGAUCAGAGUUUAAAGAAUAUCGGCGCAACACUGGACAGCAGUUUCAACUUUCUCUUUGGGCGUCUCAAAGAGCUGCAGUCCAGCCAGCUGUCCAUCAAGGACGGUGACAGUCCAAUCUUACCCAAGACAUUAGCAGAGGCUCGCCGUCUGGUCACUGCCCCAUCUUCUGUCAAUGAGAACUUUGUCCAAGAUGAAAAUGCGAUCAAAGAUUCUUUGACGGUUUCUGAUCGCCCCCCGCUAAGACGCAUUGGCUCAAAGGCCGAAGAUACAUUCAUGGGACUGGUCAGUGGACACAGAACUCCCCGUGACCGAAGCGCCGACAGCGUUAGGACGCAAACCAGCUCGAGGAAGGCAACCAUGAUUGCAGAUUCGCAAAAAGCUGAGCCUUCGUCUACCUCUCUGCCUCCGUCAUCAUUACCUACCACACCUCUGGAGUCAAUGAGAAACUUUGGCAAUAGUCUCAACCCUCUCAACCACAUACCCGGUAUGAUAAGAAGUUUUGGGCGCAGCACGUCUGACUCACCCGGGAAUCUGGCAUCUCUUUCUCCUUCAGACCGGACCAAGGCAUCACCACUUACCCGAGAGUUGCCUACUACUAUUAGCGACUCCCGACCAAAACUCAAUCCGCCCAUUCAGAGGUUCCUGCAAACUUCCAGCGCCAACGAGCUGACUAUAGGUGACGUUUCCAUAUUACUGGAAGACUAUAAAAGGCUUGCAUCAGCGCUGUUCGGUUCAACUCCAGAUCCAAAAUAA